UAGAGAUGGAUGUGUUCUUUUGCUAAAAUCAACGCAAAUUGUUUUUAUUUGCGCAGAAGUGAUUUGUGCCUAACAAUAUGUGUUCGACUUAUUGCGUGUUUCUAUUUCGAUGAAUAUAGCCAAUAGAUCGUGUAUAUUGUAUUAAACGAAUGUGAUUCAAGACUCAGUUUAAGUGCAGUUUAUGUAUUGUGGUCAUCAUGCCGGGUCUUAUAGGUAUUGGUGAAUUUAUUGACGAAACUCGAGAGGAUUACAGUUCACCAACUACAUCGACAUUUGUUUCGCGUAUGCCACAAUGUCGACAGACAAUAAACGCUUUGGAAGAGACUCUGGAUUUCGACCGCGAUGGCCUAACGAAACUCAAGAAGGCGAUAAAGGCUAUUCAUAAUUCAGGAAAUGCACACGUGGAUAAUGAAAUGUACCUGUCGCGGGCGCUGGAACGGCUGGGGGAGAACGCGCUCAGCAAAUACUCGGAGCCCGAUAUUGGCGCGGCUUUCUUCAAAUUUGCCGUCGUCACCAAGGAACUAUCUGCGCUCAUGAAGACAUUGAUGCAAAAUAUAAACAACAUUGUGAUGUUUCCCGUGGACAGUCUUUUAAAGGGUGAUUUGCGGGGAGUUAAAGGCGAUCUCAAGAGGCCUUUUGAUAAAGCGUCGAAAGACUACGACUCGAAGUACCUGAAAAUCGAGAAAGAGAAGAAAUCACAAGCGAAGGAAGCUGGUCUCAUCCGGAGUGAAGUAACUUCAGCGGAAAUAGCCGAUGAAAUGGAAAAGGAACGAAGAUUGUUUCAGUUGCAAAUGUGUGAGUACCUGAUAAAGUUCAAUGAAAUAAAAACAAAGAAGGGAAUCGAACUUCUGCAGCACCUGGUGGAGUACUAUCACGCACAAACAAAUUACUUUCAAGAUGGCUUAAAGACUAUCGAGCACUUCGGUGUUUACGUUGCGGAUCUGAGCGUACAGUUGCAGAAAAUAAGGCAACAACAAGACGACGAGCGACGGCGGCUGUUAGAACUGAGAAAUAUGUUACGAGCAGCGACGCCGCAGGACAGAGAGGCCGCAGCGGCGGUCGGCGGAUAUUCGCUUCACCAAUUACAAGGUGACAAGCAGCACGGUGUGACUCGAAGUGGGUAUCUCCUGAAGAAAUCAGAAGGCAAAGUACGCAGGGUCUGGCAGAAGAGAAGAUGUAGAGUUACCGCGGAAGGUUUUUUGGACAUCUUCCAUGCGGACGAGAACAAAACUCCGGCCCGGGUGAACUUGUUGACGUGCCAGAUUAAAGUAGCCGCCGAGGAUAAGAGAGCAUUUGAUCUAGUCUCGUACAAUCGAACAUACCAUUUUCAAGCUGAAGAUGAGAACGAACAGAGGGCGUGGACGUCAGUUCUCGUCAAUUGUAAAGAAGGCGCGUUGAUGAGGGCGUUCCAUCAGCAAGCCGGGGAAAGCAACGAUAACGGUCAUUCAUUGAUGGACUUGCAGCGUUCCAUAAUACGAGCGGUGCGGUCGUUGCCUGGGAACCAAGUGUGCGCCGACUGUAGUUCAACUAAUGAUCCCACCUGGCUGUCAACAAAUUUCGGUGUGAUCGUUUGUAUAGAAUGUUCUGGAAGUCAUAGGGAAUUGGGUGUUCAUAUAUCAAGAAUACAAUCAUUAACGUUGGAUAGGUUGAGCACGUCUCAGCUUCUACUGGCGAGGCAUAUGGGAAACCAGCUGUUCAAUGAAGUCAUGGAAAAUACUCUGGACGAGAGAGACAAGUUGACGCCUGAGAGUACCAUGGAGGAACGAUUAAGGUUUAUACGAGAGAAGUACGUAUAUAGAACGUGGGCGGCGCGAACUUGUAGGGAUGCAGCUGAACGGCUCUCGGAAGUUGAGCACGCAGUUAACAACGGUCACCUGCAGAACUUGUUGCAAGCGUACGCAGAGGGUGCGGAUUUUGGUUCGGCCUUACCUAGUUCGGAUUGUGGCGAGACAGCUCUUCAUCUAGCAAUAUCGCGUGAACUCGGUGACGGUUCAUGUUUGCACAUAGUCGAUUUUCUAGUCCAAAACGGUGGCUCUCAAGUCCUAGACAAGGCGACGUUGUCUGGUAUGACGGCCCUACAUCUGUGUGCGGCGAUCGAUAGGACGGAACCGAUGAAACUAUUGCUCAAGGCCGGCGCUGACUCGACGCUGAAGGAUGCCAACGGGAGGACCGCGUUACAGAUUGCCAGGCAACUGGGACAUCAUGCGUGUCAGGAAUUGCUCGAAAGUGUGGAUAAGAGGGAGAAGAGCAUAUAUGAAAAUAUAAAUAUCGAUUGGAAUCUAUCGCACGACGACGGUUCGACGGAUUUCUCUGACGACGACACGGUUAUCGACGAAAGGUUCCUUAAUUUUCAGCAAAACGGUAGCGUGACGCCAGAGAAGAAGUGUCCGAGGUCUCGGCCUCCGUCAUACGCGGGUACGUGCGGGGGGAGUGGGGUUGGUGGUGGUGGUGGUGGUGGUGAUUCCCCAGUGCUUCGCUCCAGGUCUUCCACGUGUGAUUCGUUGCAUCAUGCUCCACCCACGCCGACGACGUUGCCGAGGAAGCCAAAUGUUUACAACAUCGGCAGCCUGAAGAAGCGCGCGGCGCCGCUGCCGCCCGCCGCGCACGCGCGCUCCACGCCCUCGCCCUCCGCCGACGCCGCGCGCUCGCUGCACGGCGUACCGGUGGGCGCGGUGAAGCACCGGCCGCAGCAGCCGCCGCCCACGCCGCCGCCCGCCGCGCUGCACAACGGCGCGCACCGCGACGAGCCCACGCCGCCCCCGCGGAAGAAGAAAAAUAGAUUGCACCUGGAAAAUGCUGUAAAAGGAAAACUGAAAAGGGAAUGUUCUAGUCAAGAUUCGUCUUUAGAGCUGUGUGAUAUAUCGGACGCUCUAGACGACAGUCGCUUGCAGUCUGCGUUGUCGUGCGACAGUUCAAGGUCAAGGGAACGUACAAGACGCAGCGACAGUCGGUCGCUCGACGUCUCCGACACUUCGAGCGUACACUCAAGAUCUCCUUCGACAUCUAUUACUAUGAUGGGUGGUGGAAUGAGGCGGUGUCGAGCGCUGUACGAUUGUUCUGCAGACAACGAAGACGAGCUCUCGUUCCGGGAGGGAGAAGUGAUCGUGGUCAUCAACGAACGCACUGAGGACGACAACUGGAUGGAGGGUCAAGUAGAGGGAACUAGUCGACGUGGCAUGUUCCCCGUCUCUUUCGUACACAUGUUACCCGACUAACCAGAAAGAGGCGGAUAUAUGAUCGCUUAGUUGAUAUCUUAUAUCGUAGUCAGUAACGACGUGUUCAUAACAACUACCUUGGUGACAAGCUAUAUGUAUAGUUAUCACUUUAUAGGAAAGUCUUGACUAUUACGAAAAAAAAAAAACUUGCAAAAUUUGAAUAGAGUUCUGAUAAAACAUUAAUAUUUCAAUAGUCUUUUAGUAUACAGUCUUUUAAAAGAGUUAUAGAUGAGUGAACGUAUUGGAUAGCUUAUUAUAAUUCAUAUCGUUUUUUGAAAAAGAUAAUCUUACAGAUAAUAAUGUUAGUUGAUAGAACAAGUGGAUUCGGCCAUAGCUAAGUGAGACAAAUAAAUAAAAAAAAUAAAAUAAAUAACCAAUGCAAUAUAUUUGGCCUAAAGCUUCAGCGUUCAUUUGGAGAGCUAUGAGCUUAUUUACUCUAGCAUUUUAUAUUCAGUAUAUGAAUAUCGACAUCUGUUUAAAUAAUGCACACAGUUUGGUUGUUAUAUAAUGCAAGACGCUUCUCUGGUACACAGGGCCUCGAUGUAUUUAUUACUCUAAUGUAAUAACAUCUGCACAAACAUUGUUUUUAUACAAGAAUUUUAAUACUUCGUACAUUUUUAAUGUGACAUUUUGGAAUAUUUUAUUCAUCUAUUUACACGAUUUUAACAAUUUUUUCAUAGUAAUUUUAGUAAACAUUUCAAGCGCUCAUAUAUGCUACAAAUUUAGAUUAUCAUUAAAAUAACUGCUUUAGUAUUAUUGUCAUCGACUUGUAACACCAAUAUACAUAAAUAAGUUUUGCCACAAGCAACUCCGUCCUGAUACGGAUAUUAAUUUCAAUACAUAAUUAAAGUAACUUUUUUUUUUUUUUUAAUUACGUUUGUAACGAUUGUAACAUACAAACUAAUUAAUUUAAUAAAAUCACUUAAUGUCAUUGAUUAUUUGUAAUUGCUCAAAUUAAAUAGCAAUUGCUAUUUUAAAUAGAGGAGAAAUUUGUCAAAAUAUGUAUAAAAUAUUUUAUUUUAAAAUUUCGCGUAGAAAGUCUGUUUUAUAUAUAUGUCUAAAGACUUUGUACAGCUCAUAUAGUGAUUUGCCAAAAAAUAUAUGAUAAAUGUGAUCUUGUAGUUGGAAUUAUAUAUAUAUAUAUAUUCAACGACAAACUUUGGACCAGUGACCGUUCGUUGUGUAGUUGUUCUCGUAGUUAUUGUCUUAGAUUGUUGGUACAUGUUGCCUAGAGAUUGUGUUCUUUAUGAUACUGUAGGCUGCUUCAUACAAGGGUAAAAUAUAACACACUAAAAUUUACAUAAAAAAAAACAAAACACAUGAUUACUGCUUUUUUCUACCAGCAAUUUUCAAUUGUAACAAAGGAGUUUCAAUUUUUUUUAAAAAUGUUACAGUAUUGACGUAGCGUACAGUAUCCAUUAAGACACUAACUUUUGAAUCUUGUUAUAAAUGUUAAAUUUUAUCAAUUCACAGAGAAUUAAAUAUGGGGCGAUAUUAAUUCACGCAAGUUUCAUAGUUGUAAAAAAAAUUAGCAUCGCUAUUAAUAAUAACUUACAUGAAAAUAAUAUAUAUUAUUGUGAUACAUUUUUCAGCGUACCACACAUUCCCUUGUAAUUAAUAAUUUAGUACUUUUUUGUAUAUUAAGUUGGAAUCCUAUUGUAUUCAUAGCAGUAAGAUACAUGUAUUUGUAUAGUUACCUUCAUGAACGCACGCGUUGCCAUAUAACUAGUAUUAUAACAUUUAAACGAUGCGAUUUAUUUUAUUUAUAAAAACAUCCCUUUGGUUUUUUUUUUAUAUUCCGUAG